GGCGGGAAGUGGCCUCUGGGUGAGUGUUCUGGGGCCUGUGGGGUGACACUGAGUUCAGCAGAGCCGCUGCCCAGUCUGGCCCCACCCCGCCCGCCAGAAACCGCCUCCCCACCAACCGCAGUGACCACAUCCCCUCGGUUGCCUUGGAAACAGGCCUCAGGACAGGGGAGUUGGGGCACAGUUGCCCAGCAACAGGUGGUGCCCUCCCUUCCGCCCUCCUCUGAGGCCGCUCUGCGCCCUCCCGCAGGCAAGGAGGCCAGGGAAGAGCUCUGAGGGGAGAGGGGCGCCCAGGACCGAAGACUGAGAUGCCGUGGACCCCGGAGCAGCCGCCUGGGCACAUGGAAGGGCACCCUGCGUCCGAGCCGGCCGCGUGGCCCCCGCUGCCCUGCGGGCCCUGCAUCCCCAUCAUGCUGGCGCUGGCCGCGCUGGCCGCCCUCUUCCUGCUCACCACGGCCGUGCUGGCCGAGCGCCUGUUCCGCCGCUCCCUGCGCCCCGACCCCGGCCGCCACCCGCCCACCCUGGUCUGGCGCCCGGGCGGAGAGCUGUGGAUCGAGCCCGCCGGCACCCCCCGGGAGCGCUCCGAGGACUGGUACGGCUCCGAGGUGCCCCUGCUGCUGGACCAAGCCCCCGACCCGCCCGCCCCCGGCCCCGGCCCCGUCCGCGGGGGCACCUUGGAGGCCCGGGCGACGGCCCCGCCUGCCCCUCCACCCCCACACGCCCCUCCCACCUUCUUUGCUCCCCAGAUGCCACCCAAGGCCCCAACCCCAAGCACUUUCUGGGGGCCCCAGGCCUGGGAAGGGCGGCCCCACGCCCCAGGCCUGGUGAGCUGGGCCGAGCCUGAACAGAGGCCUGAGCAGAGGCCGGAGCAGAGGCCGGAGCCCAGCAUGAGUGUGGGGAGCCCCCCGGCCCGCAGACUGCGGCCGGGCAGCCCUGAUCCUGAGUGGGGCCUGCAGCCGCGGGUCACCCUGGAGGAGAUCUCGGCCUUCUGGAGGCGGGAGAGCCGCACCAGCGUGGGUUUCUGAAUCCCCCGACCCUGGAGGGCUGGCCUCGCAGAGACCUCCGGGCAAGGCCCCGCCUCAGAGGCUCCAGCCGGGGACCCAGAGACAUCGGGGCCGGGGAAGGCCAGGCGGCUGGGUUUCCGUUCAGCUGGGUCUGCUCUGGCAGCUGGGUGUGGACAGCCUGUGCUGCCAGGAGCUCAGGGUGCUUCUGCUUGGCUGCCUGGAGGGGGCGCUCAGUGCAGAGUGCAGGUGGGGUGGACUCUGGGCCAGAGCCGCCAAGAUCACCUUCCUGAUUAGGAAUUCAAGGCACACGACGGGCAUGAAGGAGCACCGCCCGGCGGCUUCCCCCUCCCGCACUGUCUGAGCGCCGUGUCGGAGGCAGAGUCCAGUGGACGCCGAAGAACAGCUGCCAGCUGAGCUAGCCGGAGAUGCAGGGAUCAUCCCUCCAGGAAAGCACAGAGGUCAGGACCGGGCACCGGAGCAUCUCACGGAAAGUGAACUGAGACUUUGACCCCAGCUCAGAGCAAACUAGGGACGCCAAGCUGGAGAGGCCCUCUCUGAGUCAGAGAAAGCCGGCGGGCUCCUCUGCCCGUCUCUGCAGGCUGGCACCAGCCUGCGAGUCUCACCCUCCAUCGUAAGGGAGGCCUGGGCCAAGGCCAUCUGAGGCUGAACUGACAUGGAAAACCCUCCCAGGGCAGGGAGCUCCCAAAGGCAGCCUCUUGUCUCCCGCCCCCCC